AUGGACUCCCAGAGCAGCCACAGCAGCCAAGACUCGCAAGACAGCACCCUGACCAUCACCGACGAAAACAGAAGCGAGAUCCUCUACUUUGCCUACGGAAGCAAUCUCUCCACGGAACAAAUGCGGCAGCGAUGUCCGUAUUCCACAGCUGUCGGCCUGGGAAAGCUGUCAGGAUGGAAAUGGAUCAUCAACGAGAGGGGGUAUGCGAAUAUUGUCAAGCUGGAUGAUGGUGAAGACGAUGUUGGCGGGGAGGGUGAGGGGAAGGGAAAGAUGGAGGAGGAGGAACAAGGUCAUGUAUACGGUAUGCUUUAUCUAUUGCCGACAGAAGACGAGGACAGACUGGAUGGCUACGAGGGCGUGCCGUGGGCCUAUGAAAAGGUGUAUCUCGAGGCAUCGUGGGUAAGCAGCAGCAGCGGCGGCGGCGGCAAGGAGGAGGAGGGGGAGGAUGGCGGAGAGGAGCUGACGCCCGUCAAGGUGCUGGCAUAUGUGGACCGGAAGAGGACGACGGAGGGGGAGCCGAAGAGGGAGUAUGUGGGCAGGAUGGAGAGAGGGCUUGAGGACGCGGUUGGGAACUGGGGGAUGAAGGGGGGUUAUGCAGACUUGCUGAGGAGGUUUUGGGUGGAUGGGCGGUGA